UAUAUAAUAUUUAUUAGUGCUUCAUGACACUUCUGUUAUUUUUAUGUAUCUUACCAAAAUAUUUAAUAAAUUAUGUCUAUUGGAUAAUUUAUAUCCAAUCACUAGUUUUCUCUGGCGGCCAUCCACAACAGUCAUGCAGUAAAAGAAAUGGUUAUUAUUCAAACUUCAAUCUAAAGAAUUACAUGAAUUAUAUUAGACCUUUCGUUCAUGUAAAAAAUGAUGCAAAAAAUAAGUUAUUUGAUUUUAGUGUGUUAUCAUAUAAUGUAUUAGCUCAAGAUUUAUUAGAAAAAAAUGCUUUUUUAUAUGAUUGGUCAAAUGUAAAAGUAUUGAAUUGGGAUUUUCGGAAAAACCUUUUGUUAAAUGAAAUAAAAGAAAUAAAUGCUGAUAUAAUUUGUUUUCAAGAAGUUCAAGAAUCUCAUUUGAAUUGGUUUUCUUACAAUUUAUCAAAUUUAGGUUAUAAUGGAGUGUAUAAAAAACGAACUCAUGAUCAUUGUGAUGGUUGUGCAAUUUAUUAUAGAAAUAAUAAGUUUAUCCUUAAAGAAAAGGUCACUGUAGAAUAUAACCAACCCGGAGUGAAUAUAUUAGAUCGUCAUAAUGUUGGUAUUGUAUUGAGAUUGUCUCCACGACAUAAUGAUGAAGCUAGUUUUGUUGUUUCAACUACACACAUUUUAUACAACAAAAAAAGACAUGAUGUUAAGUUAGCUCAAGUACAUUUACUACUUGCCGAAAUUGAACGUGUUUCUUAUAAAGGAGAAAAAAAAGUUGAUGAUACUAAUGUUCCUGUUUAUUAUCCAAUCAUAUUGACUGGUGAUUUUAAUUUGGAACCUAAUACUGCUGUUUAUGAUUUUUUAAUCAAUGGCACGUUAUACUACAGUAAUUUACAAAGACCAACGCUUUGGUCUUUAAAUUAUCAAAGCACUAGACCUAGCAUGGGAAAUGAACUUAUUCCAAAAAGUUUAGGUAUAACUGAAAAUAGCCAACAUGCGAAUAUUUUAGAUUUAAGAAAAACAAAUAAUCAUAAACGUCAAACAAAUGACAGUCUUUAUUCAGAGCUAUAUCAUAGUGAAAGAAAAAACAAUCAAGUACCAACUCAGUCAUCAGAUUUUAAAUGUGGGACUGGAAACAUAUACCACAACUUUAAAUUUUCUUCGGUUUACAACAAUACAAGUUGUUCUACUUAUCAUGACCGCUGGACUAUUGUUGAUUAUAUAUUUUAUACAAACACAGAUAUAAAUUUAAGAACUUAUAUGAAACUUCCCAACAUUGCUGAAUGCCAACGAAUACCAGCAAUGCCAAACAGAGUAUGUCCAUCAGAUCACAUGCCUCUGUUUGCUAUAUUUAACUAUUUAAUUGACUAACAAAUAAAAUAUCUUUUGUGUUUAA